AUGGAUAAUACGCAGGAAAAUGGAGUUCAGCAAAUACAAGAUCCUAUAAUUAUUGAUUUGAUAGUCGAGCAGGAUCUGAGGGGUAUCCUAACUGAUGCUAUUAAAUUGAUGAUUCAGAAGACAAAUUUCAAGGGCCGGUUUGAAUCAACAUGGGAGCAGUUCUCUGGAUCAGAACCCAAAGAUGAUGGGGCCAGAAUUCUAUUUCCUUCUGGAGACACAGAUGUGCAUGUGGCAGUAGAACCAGAAGCAGCCGCCAUGCCGGUUGCAGAAACAGAAGCAACACCCAUACACGUGGUAGGAAGAUUUAUUGAGAGUGAUUAUGGUAUAAAGUUGAUUGAGGAGGGUCUGAGAAGUCUUGAAGGAGAAAAGAGUCAGAAUCAAUGUCGGUUUGUCCACCAUGACAGCAUUGUAAACAUGAAUCGAGGUGCAGCAAAACGCCUGGUUGGGAAUCUGAAACGAUUAUUUCCAUCGUUUCAUUCAACAUUCAUCGAGGGACAAACCCCACAGCAGGCAAAUGGAUACGACUACGUUGUGCUUGUAAUUGCUCUGUCAUACAAGAUAGUCUGCUGGUGGAACAAGGUAAAGAGUGGACAAAAGACAGACACAGAUUGGUUUGAUGUAGUUUCCAAGGUUAAUUCCAAGAUGGUUAGUGACAGAAGACGGCAGAUGUUUGCGAGGUUAAAGAAGAGUGCAUUUGAUUUGUCUUCUCGGUCAUAUAUGGGUGUUGCUUCUAUUCCUGCCACCUGUAUGGGUAUGGGUGUUGCUUCUAUUCCUGCCACCUGUAUGGGUGUGCCACCUAAGGAUGAGAGGUCGGGAGCUGAGAGCUGCUGGUGGUCGAGCUGCCUCCUCCCGAAUCCACAUCGCGAAAGGCGCCGCAGCCUCGUCCUGCCGAGAGUUGGCACCACCAGAGCCCUCCCACCAGAUCCACGCACGGGGCGGCGCAGUGGACCGGUGGAGGGGGCGCGGCCGCGCUUUGCGGACGGGGUGGAGGCGCGGGGGCGGGCCUGGUGCGGCGGAGCAGGGGUCGGGACUUUGGGGCUCAGGAGACAAGGGAGACCACAUAUAGCUAGGGUUCAAGAAGGGCAGCCAAGAAGACCAUCUGAUCAAGAAUCGACGGCCAGGAGACCAUGGGCUGAGUAG